GCGAGUUGUGUGUGAAACUUCUAGAAUGAGCUCGUAAAAGUUCAAUACGAUACUGCUUGUAAUAUUAUAUUUACUAUAAAGUUAUGGUGUUGAUUCGAAGUGAUGUAUUAACAGUGGUGUUGACAAUGUGAAUGAUUUUGAAAGGAAAGUACAUGAAGUUUGCAAAAACUGUGAACAAUUAAACUGCCGUUUGAGACACUGAUUACGUAUGACGAAACAUGGGGAGCGUCGGCAACAAUACCACAUCAUAUGAAGAACUUCUGGAUCCGCGGGAGCUCACUCUCCAAAGAAAAUUCAGUAACAUAUUGACGAUCACAGACGCGUGGCCCGUGGAGAAAUGUUUGGAGUUCAACUUGAUAAAUAAUACAUCAAACGAGGAGUUUAUAAACAAAAUCUUCGCAUGGAAUGGAACGGAGAUUAUGUGUUUAGAACACGCCCCUAUAUUAACACCGAGUACCAUAAUGAGAGCGAGCGUCCUUUCUGUAAUGGCUGUGUUAUCUUUCUUGGGGAACUUCGCUACGAUGAUAAGCGUACAAAGAGGAAAGCGCUGUCGCAGGCGGGCUAGGCCGUCAUGGACUGCUAUAUAUAGCCUUAUCUUUCAGCUUAGUGUGGCCGAUUUGCUUGUCACUGUUUUCUGUAUUGCGGGGGAGGCAGGAUGGUCGUUUUCGGUGCAGUGGUAUGCGGGGAACGUUGGUUGCAAACUAUUUAAGUUUUUACAAAUGUUUGCUCUGUACUUGAGUACAUUUAUACUUGUUCUCAUCGGUGUAGACAGAUGGCUGGCCGUGAAAUAUCCUAUGAAGAGUAUGGCGACUGCAACUAGAAGUACAAGGCUCGUUAUUGUUGCAUGGAUAUUAAGCUUCUUAUUAAGUUUACCUCAGACAAUAGUAUUCAGUGUAGCCAAGGGCCCAUUUGUAGAAGAGUUCUAUCAAUGUGUGACGCAUGGUUUCUACACCGAACGGUGGCAGGAGCAAGCGUAUACCACGUUGUCAUUGGUUUUUAUGUUCAUAUUACCACUACUCAUACUUAUGUCAACCUAUGUCUCUACAGUUAGAACUAUUGCGAAAAGCGAGAAAGUAUUUCAACCAGAGACUCGUCGAGAAAAAUAUCUAACGCCAGAUAUGAACAGGAGAAGACUUAUUGAUAGAGCGAAAAUGAAAUCUCUGCGGAUGUCAAUAGUUAUCGUGGCUGCUUUUAUAAUAUGGUGGACUCCUUAUUACGUUAUGAUGGUUAUUUUCACAUUUUUAAAUCCCGAUAAAGGUCUCAGCGAAGAUCUGUUGUCGGGAAUAUUCUUCUUUGGAAUGUCUAACAGUCUAGUCAACCCUGUUAUUUACGGAGCUUUCCACUUGUGGCCGAGAAAACGAUCACGCAAUAGCGAUAAAGAAUCAGGUGGCCACCAAGCCUCUGUAUUCCGGCGGGGCGAGCAAACUUCUUCAGUCAGGCUUACUACGAUCAGAUCUCUACGGUCCUCAGCGAAAUACACGAACGGUCAAAACGUCAGUCUUUUAUAACAUAACGUUAACAAUAAACCUCGUAUUGACAAGUGGACAAUUCGCGAAGAAAGUAAGGAAUGCUCGUCGAAUUUGUAAAUAUUAUUAAUUUAUUCCGUGUUUUAUAAAUUGUGUAUGGAAAAGGAUGUCUAUGCAAGUGUUUGUUAAGAAAUUAGUUAUUAAUAUGUGAAUUUUAGCUGUCGUAAAAUGGGUGAGUGCAAAUUGGAUGAAAAUUGUUAUCAAAAACUCAACCCAUUCAACUCAACACUAAUUUAUCACGACGAUGACACAUUCAUUUGUUCAAUAUCUUUUAUCAUAUUUUAUUAUAAAGGAUUUUUCCAGAACACACUGUGGGGCUAAGCAUCUAUGAAUAAUUCAAAUAUCUUUCUUGUGAUCAACUACCACGUGUAUUGAACAGUUUCUGGGAAAGUUGAGGUACGAUAAAUAUAAACACUGAAUAUAAUGAUAUUUAAAAAUAUCGUGUUUUUGCUGAAAGAUAAUAUAUGGUGCGACAUCUUUUUAUUAUUGAUAAAAUAUCUCACCAGAUUGUACUAAUGUACCUAACUUAGAAAACGAUUGAAUAAUCUCAUCCUAGAAUUAAUUCUAAUAUAUUUGUAGAUUAUUUAUAAUUUAUAAC